AUGGAGAAUAACCCCGCAAAUCACGAUGAGGCCGUUUCGCAGUUCUGUUCGCUGACCGGUCUUCAGCCCUCCGAGGCCCAGGAAUACCUCGCGGCUAAUGGGUGGGAUAUCGAGGCGGCAGUGACCGAGUACUUCGCGGAACAAGACGAAGCUUUGCAAGACGCACAUACAGGUGGGCAGCAUUUUGGUGCCGGGGAGGGAUCUGCUGGUCCGUCAGCUUCGUCGUCGUCGCAUACACCUCAGCAGUCGUCUUCAGGUGGACGCAGUCGUCCUCCCAAGAAGUUCGCUACCAUGCGUGACUUUGCGUCUGGGGGCGGUGAUUCUUCCGAUGAUGACGAGAACCCCAACCAGCCUUUCUUUGCGGGUGGUGAGAAGUCCGGGUUGGCUGUGCAGAAUCCCGAUGAUCUCAAGAAGAAGAUUAUUGAAAAGGCCAGCAAAACCCAACUCCCAUCCUCUGACGAACCUCAACCCCGAAGAAACCACUUCACCGGUACUGCCCGUACUCUGGGUGGUGACGAUGCUCCCAGUCAAGUAAUCGAAGCUCCCAGUGCCCCCGCUGCUCCUCAGCUGCCACAACGAGUUCAGCGGACCCUCCACUUCUGGUCAGAUGGCUUCUCGGUCGACGAUGGAGACUUGUACCGCUCGGACGAUGCACGGAACGCAGAGAUUCUCGACGGAAUUCGACAGGGACGCGCUCCCCUUUCGAUAAUGAAUGUGCAACGAGGCCAGGAGGUAGAUGUGGAGAUCCAACAGCACGAGGAAAAAUACGUGAAACCCAAGCCCAAGUACCAGCCGUUCGCCGGACAGGGAUUCCGACUCGGGAGCCCGACACCUGGUGUCACCGCAACACCUUCUGCUCCUGCUGCUGCUGCGCCUAGCCAGGCUACCUCCGAGCCCGCGAAGCCAAACGUGGAUGAGUCGCAACCUGCUGUCACUCUGCAAAUCAGACUCGGUGACGGAACACGCCUUACGUCCCGAUUCAACACCACUCACACCAUUGACGAUGUCUACCAAUUUGUCGGAGCGGCCAGCCCUAUCAGCCAGUCGCGUCCGUGGGUAUUGAUGACUACAUUCCCUAGCAAUGAACUUACCGAUAAAAGCGCUGUGCUUGGCGACUUGGCUGAGUUCAAGAGAGGUGGUGUGGUGGUCCUCUCAGGAAAAGGCGGUGUCGGUAAAUCCUCCGUAACCCUGCAACUCGCCCUCGCUCUCUCCCUCCAAGGCAAAUCCGUCGGCAUCCUCGACAUCGACUUGACCGGACCUUCAAUCCCAAGGUUAGUCGGGCUCGAAGGCGCGAAGAUUACGCAAGCACCAGGUGGUUGGUUACCGGUGACUGUUCAUGAUGCUGUCGACGGCACUACCUUAACAACAAGCGAUGACUCUGCGCAAGGACAAGAGGUGCAGGUGCAAGAAGGAAGCGGAAGUGGAAGUGAGAGCAAACGAGGCUCCCUCCGCUGCAUGUCCCUAGGCUUCCUCCUGCGCGACCGCGGUGAUGCCGUAAUCUGGCGCGGCCCCAAGAAAACAGCCAUGAUCCGGCAAUUCCUCGCCGACGUGCACUGGGGCGAAACAGACUACCUCCUCGUCGACACACCGCCCGGCACAAGUGACGAACACAUCGCGCUAGCCGAACAACUUCUCACGCUCUCCACGACAGAUCCCCGUCUUGCGGCUGCAAACCCGUCACUUCCAAGGCUUGCUGGUGCGGUGCUGGUUACCACGCCGCAGGCGAUUGCGACGUCGGAUGUGAGGAAGGAGGUGAAUUUUUGUGUAAAGACGCAGAUUCCGACGCUGGGGGUUAUUGAGAAUAUGUCUGGUUAUGCGUGUCCAUGCUGUGGGGAGGUGAGUAAUUUGUUUUCGAGUGGGGGCGGGCAAGUUAUGGCGCAGGAGAUGGGGGUGAGGUUUCUGGGGAUUGUGCCGGUGGAUGUUAAGUUUGGGGUGUUGAUUGAGGGGGAUGCUGUGGAUGGUGAUAGUGAUAGUGAUGAUGAGGGUGAACAGGAGAAGAAGAAGGUUGGACAGAAGGAACCGGACAACCGGCCGCUUGUUGAGAGAUACAAGACAGAUUGUUACUCAUAUGCGAGGUUUGAGGAGUUUGCGAAAACGUUAAUAUCUGGGAUUGAGGCUACGGCGUGA